AUGCACGACCCAAACGUUUUCGAGAAUCCUAUGGAGUUCAAACCCGAGCGUUACCUGAAAGAUGGAGUAAUCGACUCGACAGUGCUAGACCCAGAGUCCGGUGCCUUCGGGUACGGUCGACGAAUCUGUCCAGGGAGGUACUUCGGUAUCGAGUUGCUGACACUUUACGUCGCCUCUCUCCUCGCGGUGUACGACAUCAAACCGGCGAAGGACGACGCUGGAAACCCGAUUCCAAUCAAACUCGAGAUUGAUCCUAGUUUGUUGCUGAUUGUGUGA